CCCUUCCCCGUCCCCUUCCUCCCUCUCUCUCUCUCUCUCUCUCUCUCUGUGUAUUGUUGUGUUGGGUGUUUGUGUUGAACGGAGACACUCACUCCUCUUCUUCGCCACGACCUCUCUUACUUCACUUCAUUACUUCAUUUCAUGGCCGACCCCACGCCAUCAUCGCAAUUACCCACAGAGGAUACUCUCGCGUCCGUGCAUCGGGCUCUGGCCCUGCUCCACCAACUUCAGUGCUCCGUCUCUGGCUUCCAGCUCCCCUCCCAGCUUGUUCUUCUUGAGCGCUUGAAUGGACUGGUCAGUGAAUUCGGAAAUAUGCACUCAGCUUCUCAAGAUUGUCACAUUCAGAUUCCAUUGGAAGUCUUGAACUUCAUAGAUGAAGGCCGGAACCCUGAUGAGUAUACAAAGCAUCUACUUAAUGGUUGUAUUCAACAGAAUCAAGCAUCGAAAGGCAAGGUGGAUUCCUUCAAGGCACUGCGGAAGCAUCUGCUGGAACAAGUUGAAGAAGUUUUUCCAGCCGAAACGGAGGCAUAUCGGGACAUACGCAAUCAGUCAUCCCUUACUUGUUGCAGGAGUCACGAAGGUCACUACACACGGGAAAUCCGAUGUCCAAUGGAGAUAUGAAAUUAAAAAUAGAGCACUAACUUUUUCCAUUAACGCGAUCUAAUGAGUAGUGCAGGUAAGCAAUAAUACAUGUUGAGAAAGCUCAUCUGAAGACAUGAGGAGUUUGCCUGGGUACAUUCACUCCAUGUUGGUUCAAUGUGUAUGAUCCAAAGGUGUUUUAUCCACCUCCAUCAUGUAUUAGUUUUUAUGCGCACAUAUUUUUAAUUGCCAGGAACAUCAGGUUUUCAAUUGGUGUGAAGUCUUUGCAAAAACUUUAUUAAUGUAGGAAUCAAAAUCAGUACUAUGUUACUUCUAAAUAUUAUAAACUUACAAAUCUCAUGUAUUUUUCAAUUGUUGUAUAUAUGUACUUUUUGAAGGAAUUUCAAGUGA